GUUAUCCCAUCUAGGUAACCACCUUACUUUUGUGGUAUGUAGUGGAGUGUCCUUUUUAUUUCCUAUUUGCUUCGUGGCAACAUGGGUAUUUCGAGAGAUCAUUGGCAUAAGAGAAGAGCUACUGGUGGCAAGAGGAAGCCUAUUCGUAAGAAGAGGAAGUUUGAAUUAGGACGUCCAGCUGCCAAUACUAAACUUGGGCCUCAGCGGAUUCAUACUGUCCGUACACGAGGAGGCAACAAGAAGUAUAGAGCUCUUAGAUUGGAUACAGGAAAUUUUUCUUGGGGUUCAGAAUGUAGUACCAGGAAAACCCGUAUCAUUGAUGUAGUUUACAAUGCAUCAAACAAUGAAUUGGUACGUACCAAGACUUUGGUAAAGAAUGCCAUUGUCACCAUUGAUGCUACACCAUUUAGACAAUGGUAUGAAAGCCAUUAUGUUCUCCCACUUGGCCGUAAAAGGGGUGCUAAAUUAACUGAAGCUGAAGAAGAAGUAUUGAACAAGAAACGUUCAAAGAAAGCAGAGGCUAAAUACAAGGCAAGGCAGCGUUUUGCCAAGGUUGAAACUGCUUUGGAAGAACAAUUUGCAACAGGACGUGUACUUGCCUGUAUAGCAAGCAGACCUGGCCAGUGUGGCAGAGCUGAUGGCUACAUUCUUGAAGGCAAAGAACUGGAAUUCUAUAUGAGAAAAAUUAAGAGCAAGAAAGCUAAAUAAACAUGUGAUUGUUUGAAUCUACCAUA